AUGACAGCCCUUUGGAACAGUCUUGGGCAGAGGGUGUUUGGGCCGGAAAGUGACAAUCAUGUAUGGACACUGAACGAGGUGAUGUUACAAACGGGAGGACCAGAAUUACAUAUGUGGAACGACUUACUCGAGUUCGCAGUGCCGCUUGACGAGCUCUGGGCCACUUGCGGAUUAUUCGCACGCACCGUGGUUCGGAGCAAGUACAGUGCUGCCACUAUUGACCAUAUGGCCACCGUUUAUCACACCAUGAUAGAUGGGAGAAACAAAGACAGGAAAGUCCUAGUCCUGCUUUCAGACUCGGGUUCUCAGACAGCUCCCUCAACCGCCAAGUUACGCAACUCAUUCACCGGGCUACUGUUCCGCGGCAUGAAAGAGUACUACGAAUCUGGUCCUCUUGCCAUCGACAUCUUGCCAUCGGCAGUCGGCGACUACUGCGUAUACUGUGCACCAACUCUGUCCUAA